AUGUUCUCGCGGGUGUCUAGGACGUUUCUUUCUUCUCGCUUUGUGGCUGUCCCAAGGCUACCUAUUUCCGCAUACCAUGAAAAAGUAUUGGAUCAUUACGAGAAUCCCAGAAAUGUUGGGUCCCUUGACAAAAAUGAUAGGCAUGUUGGAACAGGACUUGUUGGUGCUCCUGCCUGCGGUGAUGUGAUGAAACUACAAAUUAAGGUAGACAAUGAGGGUCGUAUCGUGGAUGCUAAGUUUAAGACUUUUGGCUGUGGUUCAGCCAUUGCAUCGAGUUCUCUUGCAACUGAGUGGGUGAAGGGUAAAACCAUCGAUGAGGCCUCAACCAUCAAGAACACCGACAUUGCGAAAGAACUCUGCCUUCCUCCUGUCAAAUUGCACUGCUCCAUGCUUGCGGAGGAUGCAAUUCGCGCGGCAAUUUCCGACCUGAAGGAGAAGCAGCAGCAGAAUAGUGGUAGCUCCCCUGAGACGGUCAACUAG